AUGAAGACGGUGUCGGCGGCGGGCAACGGCGGUGCCGGCGAGGUCGAGGAAAUCAACACGAAGGAGCUCGCACAGCGCAUUAGCGCCGAACUCAAGAGGUACAGCAUACCACAGGCGAUCUUCGCGCAGCGGGUGCUGUGCCGCAGCCAGGGCACCCUCAGCGACCUGCUACGCAAUCCAAAGCCCUGGUCCAAGCUCAAGAGUGGUCGCGAGACCUUCUCCUCAUUCACCACACUGAUGAGAAGUGUAAACGCAAGGUGUGUGUCUAUCGGUUUGGUUUUAGCCCUGAGCAACUGCUCUGAGAGCGGAGGCGAGCCGGACGCCAUGCUGGACAUGCACCACCCAGGAACCGGGAUCGACUCGCACCAUCCGCAGUUUCACAACUCCUAUGCUGCACAGAUUCCACAACGCGGAACAUGCAAGAGGAAAGACGAGAUGGCGAACCAGGCAGAACACCAACAGCCCGCCCCCAAGAAACCGCGGCUGGUUUUCACAGACCUUCAGCGCCGUACUCUACAGGCUAUUUUUAAAGAGACCAAGAGGCCGUCGAAGGAGAUGCAGGUGACAAUCGCGAGGCAAUUGGGCCUGGAACCGACGACGGUCGGGAACUUCUUCAUGAACGCCCGACGCCGCUCCAUGGACAAAUGGAAGGACGAGGAUCCGAAGGCGGUCGCGGUCGAGGAGGAACAGUUGUCGCCCACGAUAGGGAUCGGCCAGCGCCAACCGAGCGACGUUUUGUGACACACGUCCGACCACGAGGAGUACCACGACGAGUCACCCGACGAGGAGCUGCCCUUCUCGUAAGGGCGGCGUAUCACCUCGUGGACGUAUCCCUGCUGACACGCUCGAGCCUUAUAAACGACCUCUCCGCGCGACACGCCUCGCAAAUUUUAUACUGCUCUUCAUAAGUCAUGUCCAUCUCUCUAAUAUCUCGGAGAUAUUGCUGAUUAAUUGGCUAUUUAAAACUAAUCCGACAAAAAUUUCCAGAAUUAUCUUAUUUAUUCGAUGAAUAAAUAAACGAGAGACUUUAUUAAGCUUUUUGAUAUUUGGCCGUUGAUAGACAAUCGACUUGGAGCAAAAUCGAAUUUAAACUUGGAAAAAAUUUUAAAUAUUUAGACGCCCUUUAAAAAUACCUGAGAAAAUGAAAUUUUUGACGUUCGGCCAUUGAUAAACAAUUCACUUGAAGCAAAGUGAAAUUUAAACUCGGUGGAUUUUUAAUAUUCGCCCAUACAGCACAGAUUUCCAAAGGGCGUCCUAAAGAUGUUCAGAAUAUUCUGAGAACGUUCCUAGAACGAUCCUUAAAUAAAGUAUGUUCUGUGAAUAUACGUCCUUCGCAAAUACCGGAGAGAUUAUAAUUUUGGCCAUUGAUAAACAACCAACUUGGAGCAAAGCCAAAUUUAAACUCAAAAAAAUUUAAAUAUUUACCCAUACAGCACAGAUCUCUGAAGGACGUCUUAAAGACGUACAGAGAAUGUUCUCAGAAUGUUCUCAAAUAAAGUACACUGUGUGUUUUAGCCAUUGAUAAACAAUCCACUUGGAACAACGCAAAAUUUAAACACUCCAAGUAUUUUAAAUAUUUACCUAUACAGCACAGAUCUCUGAAGGACAUCUUAAAGACGUUCAGAGAAUGUUCUCAGAACGUUUCCAGAACAUCUCUCGAAUAAAGUGUGCUGUGUGAAUAGACGUCCUUUGCAAACACCUGAGAUUAAUUUACGUGCAGAAAUUAGAAAAAUCGAAUUGCAAUAUCACCGUUUUACUUGAAUGCUGAGCGUGUCGACGAUUGUCUUUUAAGAUCGAGCUGUGUCAAGCAGGAGCGUCCUAACUGCUGAAUGCGAUCGAUCAUUACGACUCCCGCAAAGCGAUCCGAAUCAGAUCUACCAAAGUACGAUCUUACGUUUCUGUUUUUUUUUUUAGGCUAGUGCAUUCCCGAGUAUUUACGAUCGACAGAUCGUUUCACGUUAAAGCUCCUAAAUCGACGUUCGAAGUCGAGAAACGAGACGAAUCGAUGUCCGAGUAAACGAGCUGGAGGAUAUCGAUUACAUGCAAUAAUUUCUACUUAAUUUUUCACACUAGAGUUCUCCGUAUUUAUAUAUUUAUUAUUCUCACACACACAAUUUGUCUCUCACAUUAAGCGGGCCGUCUCUCUCGCGACGAGCUCUGUUGGACUUAGUUUUAAGACCCGCAUUUUAACGACUCGUCGCGUAUCUCGACUUCGGUCACUUUGCAAACUUCGUGCCAUAGUUUGCCAUAUUAGCGUAAGUUAAUCCGUUAAACUCGGCGCUUCGUGCCCGAUUCUUAGCGUUCUAGUCCACUGUAAUAAGUUCCAAGAGGAACCGCCUGCCCCGUCAGACUGGCGACCAAGGCGGUUCCUCACCUCUAGUCAAAAUUCAGAAGCUCGAAUUCUGAAUCCACCCCUCCGCGCCGGAAGUGCGAGAGGGUGGUCGAAAGCGCCCGUGUUUUUCUUCAUUUUCUUUAUUUUCUUCCUUUCGCGCAGGUCGCGCGCGGCUGAAGUCGAGUUUAUUCGCCGCCCGAAACGGGGCGUUUAGUCUAGCCUGUUACCUUGUUUUCUUGUUCUUUUUAAGAGUAGAAUCGGUCGCUGCUUUAAGUGGGAUAUCGCGAGGGCGAAUGUCGAGUAAAACUGCACGAAAGGGCGCUCUGACAAUCGGAGGCGAGUAAAUACUUAGAAAAGCUCGUUUUCCACUUUUUCUUAAUCCUCGAGACUAUGCCCUGCCCCUUACUUUACCGCACGGUAAAGCGCGAAAGUUCGAAGGGUCUCCGAAUGCCCGAUCGAGAUACGUCACGAGUUAAAGCAGCGACUUGGUGGCACCAGCGAUUGAAUCCUACUGCGUGCGUUAACGCUUUUGUUUGAGAUUAAGUGCAUUUUAUUUCGUUCACUGGUUCAUAAAUGACUGGCGAUUUCCGAUACUACACUAGGGUGUACUUAAAGUCGUGCGCUUCCUCUCGCGGAUUUCUCGAGACGCACUCGAGCUCGCCCCUUCUUCAGUUUCAAGUAAAACACAUCAAAAUAACAUCGACAGGGCUCCAAAACGACUGUUAAAAGUCACUUUUCAAUCGUUCUGCAUGAUAUCAAAAUGACGUCGCAAUGACUCUAAAAUGACCACUAAAAAUCACUUUUCGGUAACAAUUCAUUUUAACGUCAUUUUGACAUCAUCGUGGCUUAUUGUUCUGCUUAGUGGUUCGAAUCAAAACCUUCAACAUCGGACAUAUUAUCGAUAAUUCAAUUCGAAAUUGUGAAACCAUAUUUCUAUCUCAGUUUAUUAGGAGUGGACCGAGCGCAGCGCGAUCGAGAGGAAGAACGCGACUUUCUUACGCACUCAGCACGCAUGUAUCGUUAAAAGAAAAAAAAAAACAAACCGAACCCCUUGAAGGAUCGAACGGCGUUUUUUCCACGAGUAACGGUUAGCGGUGAGGUUCGAUGAUGAUCGCGCAAUCAGCGGCGCGCUAAAUGCGCGACCGGGCUCGUCGUGUCCUCGUUGGUCAGACGAAACGUGAACCAAUUUUCAAAGUGGCUUCGUGUGAGGGUACACGUGCCAAGUGAUAUAUAUAUGUAUGUAUAAACAUGUAUAUCAGAGAGUGGACACUCUUUUGUGCGAACCGAUGGCGGGAGGGAGGUUUAGUGGGGAAAGGAAUGAACAGAGGGAUAGAGAGAUAGAAAGAGAGAGAGAGCAAUUUUUAAAAUGGGUGGCUGCACCGCUGUGUACGAGAGACAGAGACAGAAAGAAUGAGUGAGAGCCUGUGAGAGAGAGAGAGAGAGAAGCGAAAGAAAGAGCGAGAGAGAGAGAGACUUUAGCGAGCCGCACUCGAUAUCGUACUGCAAUUGUGCUGUGCUAUUGUACAUACUUAAAAAAAAAAGAAGAAAAAUAACACACACGUACGUAUGGAGAUAGACAUACAGACACGUACACACUUUUAUUACGUAAGCGGCGGGGCGGCGUUCGCUAAGCCGGGCGAGAACGAAUCGGUGUGACGUUUGAUUGCAGAAAAGUGCAUUCUAGCCGACUUGCACUUCGCGUCUGUGGCUCCUGCGUAGCGAGAAUUCUUUUGUGCUUCAACACAUAACACGUACACACACAUAAACACACGUACACGUGCAUCGACACGACGACGCGUCGCGAGAUGUGGCGAGCGAUCGGUUCUACAAGAUUUCCUUGGAACGACAUUUUAUAUCAUGCUCUUCUACUUUUUUGUGCGAUCGGGAGAGGAUCAUUUAUGCUAGUCGGAUUAAUCAUACAGAAUGAAUCGCGAGUGAACACUGAGAUUCAAUCAGGAAUUGACAAAGCGAUCCAGGAGUAUCGAGGGAGACGAACUGAUUACGAAAAUAAAUUUACUACACGUGCUUUAUCGAUUCCAUGAUGAUUAAAAGUUUUUUUUUAAUAAUUUCUUCGGAUGCUUGCA